AUGGGCAAUCAAGAUUUCGAAAAUAACCAAACCCUUUUUUCUGUUCUUAAAGGAGAAGAAUUUCCUACCAGCAAGAUUCUCUCAAGAGAUUCAUCGGUUGGUCAAUCAUCGCGUAUAUACUAUCAAAACACAACCAACGAAGGUGUACCCUUCAAAUGGGAGAUGCAACCAGGAACACCCAAGAAUCCGCCACAAGUAGAGAUCAUCCCGCCACCAACACCACCACCGGCUGUACAAAGCCUAGCCAUUCCUCGGCCUAAACUUGUUGUUAGUGGCUCUAAAGAUUCGUUUUCAUGGAGGUUUUGGUCUUGGAAGAAGGUAAGUAAGAAUCUUAGGCUACAAACAUACGAUCGAAGAGGGCGCCAUACAAGGUUUAAUAAACACGCAACUUACUCUGAUGGAGAUUCCGAUGCUGAGUUUGUAGGAUGGGUUCGUAGUGAUUCAAGAGCUUCAUCAUUUUCAUCUUCAUCUUCCUUGGACAGCUAUACUGAAAGAUUCAGACGAGGGUCACCUUUUCUUUGCAGUCCAUGGAGGACAUGA